CAGCAAACCAUUCGCGCCGUCCACAUGCCACUGAAUACAAAACAUGGGCUUAUUGAGCAUACGAAUAGCUAUUCCUACAAGGAUAUAUCUAGCCUCACUGUCUGUAUGAAUUGACUGCUAAUGCCGCCGAAACAGCUGCCUGCGGCAUUUUCAAUAUGGCCUCGCCAAUCAGGCCUCGCGCAGAGGCAUCCUUUGUAUCCCCGACCGCGAGUACACCUUCGGGGGGAUAUCCCUUCCCUGAUGUAUCGCAGAGGCAGCAUGGACCUAGGGGAACCAUGCGACGGGGGUCGACAGCAAGCUCAAUCGCGAGUAUAGGAGGAGCCUUAGACACGGGGUCGAUCAAUCAUCCUACCAUCGCUGAAACGAGUCAGAAUGCCAUCUCAACACUUCUUCAGCAUCCUAUUAUGCGCACUGGUCUCUCCGCAAGCACUGCCGUUCCUUCGAACGGCUACAAAACCCCAACCCAUCGGGAUAUCCCUCCAGUUGCGUUAACGAACAUCCCUCAUAUUGAGUCCAAAGCCUUUCAUCCAUACUUAUCACAAGUGGGGUCAAUAUACGAAGCCUUCCAGCGAGCGAAGAAUGAAGGCGAAGGAGAGGCGUCGCUCUUUCAGCGCGACAAGAAGGACAGCAGAAAUGAGGAGUGGGAGGCGAUUCUGGCCAAAAGGUUACAAAAAUCAGGACAUUCUCGUGCAGGGUCUAUGAGUUCUACAACCUCAACACCCCUAGAAACGCCGCAGCCAAAACGGCGACAUAGUGGACAACGGCGUCAAGCAGUGACGCCACUGUCCACUAUCCCGACAGUAUAUUCCGAGGAAGACUUUCAUCUGGAAAAUCCAAGAACAUUCGACAUUGUGUCAGAGCACUCUGAGAUCAUCCGAGAUCCUAACGGAGCUCCGAGUGGGAGGAAGUCAUUAGCUACGAAUGCAAUAUUGCAGGAGAAGUUGUCCUGGUAUAUGGAUACAGUAGAAGUCCACCUCAUCAACUCGAUAUCUACUGCUUCCAAGUCUUUCUUUUCGGCUCUGGGCUCCCUAAGAGAACUACACAAUGAGGCAGCAGAUUCAGUGGACCGGAUCCAGAAACUGCGAAAGGAAUUAGCCAAGCUCGACAAGGAGAUGGCAAUAGAUGGCCUGAAGGUGGUCAAUCUCAAGCAACGGCGAGAUAAUGUUCGUCAACUCGCACAGACAAUCAUGCAACUUGAAGAUAUCGUCGCAUCAGUUCAGAACGCGGAAGAUAAGGUAGAGAAAGGUGACAUUGACGAGGCCCUGGACGAGCUUGAUGAUGUCGAGCUGUUGAUGGCUGGGAAGGAAAUUGCCGCCUCAUCUCCGGAAGACAACGCGCGAUAUAGACGACGUGAUCUCCGGAGAAUUAGAGCUCUGGAGGGAGCUUUGGACGAUCUAAACCAGCUGAGAUUCCGUGCUGGCCGAGGGUACGAGACGAGAUUCCAUGGCAGCCUUCUUAGCGACAUUAGGCGACACGUCGAGCACACCGAAACCCUUGCUACGCUUCAGCGAUGGGGCAUAGCGUACACAAGACCGAAGCCGGGCCAGAGAAGGGCGCCUUCUUCAUUCCCUGGUUACAUGAACAUUGGGUCAGAACUGCGGUCCGAACUCGAAGCCGAAAUGAGAGGAUUGUCCAGAGCUAGGUACACGACGCAAGCAGCUACCACAUUCCGAGCCAUCGUUCUCAGGGAGAUGAAGAAUAUGAUCAGAAAACAGUUACCAAGCUCUAGUGAUGACGACAAUGUUUCCACGGUAUCAGCGUCAACUAUGGGAGGGAGGAGUAUGAGUCAGCAGGAGAAGUCUUCGAUCCUGGCUCGUAACUUGCGAGCCUUGGAUGCUGAAGAUUGGUAUCAAAUGUUGGCUACCAUUUAUACAAAUAUCAGCGAGGGUCUUCGGAGACUCAGUGUACAGGUGAAAAUUCUGCUGGAUAUCACAAGCAACUUACCUGAGCACAUGCUCAAGUCUCCUCCCACGAGUCCUGAUCCCGCGAAUCUCGACCGAGUACGAAGCCCAGGUCGGCCAAGAGCUACAAGUUCCGUCCAGGCAGAGAUGCAGCAAGUUCUUGAUUUGUCGAGCUUACUAGGAGAAGGAGUAGACCUUGUUCAGACGCAAAUCACCAAAGUUGUCAAGGUCCGAUCGCAACAAAAUGCCGAACUGCCACUGGACGACUUCUUGAAAUAUUUUACUCUCAAUCGACUAUUCGCGGAUGAGUGUGAAGCGAUCUCAGGUCGCAGUGGAACAGCGUUGAAAACUGUUGUUGAUUCCCAAAUCAAAGAUUUUGUUUAUCGGUUUGGCGAGUCACAGAAACAUGAUGUAAUCAAGGUCAUGGACAGCGACAAAUGGGAUGCCAAAGAUUUUGGCGAUCGUGAAAAUAAAAUUCUCAGUCGCAUCCUUGAAGGCAGCACGAGUGAUGCAAUGCCAUGGGUCGAGAGCACUAUGAUCUGGCAGCCUGCUACAAAUGGGCUUAAGGACAGCAACGGCAGUGCCACUAAUGGAUCUGCUGGUACAACGGCAAAAGUACGAAGUGCUGUCAUCGACGAGCAGAAGUAUAUUCUCCCUGAAUCGGCACUGGCCAUGCUCCAAUCAAUGGAAUCCUUCCAACACUUGGCUGCUGGUAUUCCCAGCAUGAGUCAAGAAGUGGCGACAUCACUGCUCGAAACACUGAGGUUCUUCAAUUCUCGGAGCUCACAAUUGAUCCUCGGAGCCGGGGCUACUCGAAGUGCAGGGCUCAAGAAUAUUACCACGAAACAUUUGGCACUCUCUUCACAGGCACUGAGUUUCGUCGUCGCGUUGAUACCUUAUGUGAGGGAGUUCUUCCGACGUCAUCUACCUUCCUCAACUGCCCCACACAUCAUGACCGAGUUUGACAAAGUCAAGCGUCUGUUUCAAGAGCACCAAAGUGGCAUUCAUGAGAAAUUGGUCGACAUCAUGUCGGGGCGGGCAGCGAUGCACGUAAAGUCGAUGAAGAAUAUCGACUGGGAAGAGGCAGCAAAGAACAAAGCUACCUCUGUCUCCCCAUAUAUGGAGACUCUAACCAAAGAGACCGGCACGUUGCAAAAAGUCCUGGCCAAGCAUCUGCCCGAGCCCGUCGUAGCAGGAAUCAUGGUUCCUGUCUUCUCGAGCUAUCGGGAGCAAUGGACGAACGCGUAUCAAGAGGUAGUUCUCAAAUCUGCGGCCGCAAAGGACAGAUUACUUGCUGACGCGGAUUUCUUCCACUCGCGACUGAGCAAAAUCGAUGGAUCGGGCGACUUGGGCGAGCACAUCGUCAAGGUUGUGAAAGCAAAAGAGCUAGCUAACAAUGUCUCCUCGACCACUUCUGAGACAAUUGAAAAACAGAGCGACAAAGUCGAGGCACCUCAGGACAAAAAGACUUCAGUGGAAGCCAAAGAUAAUAGGGAAAGGGAAGGGACAUAGAUCGUCUUGACCCAGUUGGAUUUGGAGGAUUGAGUAAAAGAAUUGGCUGCUAGAUAGCGGUGUUUUCUGAAAAAUAUACAGAAAAAGACCUACGUUGGCGACAGCAUUUGCAAUCAUCCAUGCCCCGACUUUGUCGAUUUGUCGUUCAAAUUUUCACAAUUCAAGGUAACAUUCAAGGUAACGCGGCGUUAUCUUCUCGUUUCUCUUUAAUCUCCUGGCGUAUGCUGCAUCGACGACAUUGAUUCAUUUGAACCGUUUUUGCUGAAUUUGUUUCAACCACAGAUGC